AAGUACCUUGGACAACUUCCUUCUUUCCAUGUGGCCUCUCUAGGAGGAAGGGCUCAGUCUGUUUAACCCUUUCAAGUGCUGAUCGCUCUAACAGAAGUUACCUCUUUCCUGAAGAAGGCAGAGAAAGACAAGGAGUAUUUUAAAAGGUUGCCAGGACUGACCUCCAAGAAUUGGCAUUUAUCUCUAAGCGACACUUGAAAACAAUUCUGGAGAGAUCUUAAUGACUCUAGCCAAGGCAAUGAAGGAGGCAGAGCACGGCUUGGUUUGCUGAAGGGAAACAAGGACUACAACUCCCAGAAUUCCUCUUAUCUGGAAAAGGACUAGAGUUCCCACCAAUGCCAUGGAGUUCCUGACUGCUGGAUGGAGGAGUGCUAUUGUGAAGUCUGGUUGGCUGAGAUGGGAGACGGGGCUGGUGAUUGGCUGAUGGAGAGAAGGGUCUAGGGGGAACUAUAGUCUACCCACUUUGUCCAACCCCCACCCUCCCACCCCCAGGACGAAGGUGAAGGGGACCUCUUUGGAUUUAAUUAUUACAGCAACAAGACACAGGAGCACCUCAACUCCGCUUUUCCCAAAUGCUGAGGCUGGUAACUUUCCAGGAGGUGGCUGUGAAUUUCACAGAGGAGGAAUGGGCCCUGCUGAACCCAAAGCAAAAAGCCUUGUACAUGGAGGUCAUGCUGGAAAAUUAUAGGAAUGUGGCCAUGUUGGAAGAAUCUCCAGUCCCUAAGCCAGACCUCAUCUCCUGGCUGGAGCAAAGGGAAGACCUGCAGGUGCCAGAUUCUCAGGAUUCCAAUGAAACAGAAACUUCUCACAGCAGCUCAGGUUGGGGUGACUCUGGAAAGAAAAAUCUGUGCUUGGAGUGUGGGAAAUGUUUCACUCAGAAAUGCAAUCUGAUCAAACACCAGCGCGGUCACACAGGGGACAAACCGUACAGAUGCUUGGAGUGUGGGAAAUGUUUUGCUCAUAAUCCAGCACUCGUAAGCCACCAGAGAAUCCACACGGGAGAGAAACCCUAUAGAUGCUUGGAGUGCAGGAAGUGUUUUGCUCGCCACCCAGCCCUUCUAAGCCACCGGAGAAUCCACACAGGGGAGAAACCCUAUAAUUGCCUGGAGUGUGGGAAAUGUUUUGCUCAGAAAUCGCACCUGUUGAGUCACCAGCGAGUGCACACGGGGGAGAAGCCCUUCACAUGCUUGGAGUGUGGGAAAUGUUUUGGUCAGAAAUCGCACUUGCUGAACCACCGGAAGAUCCAUGCGGGACAGAAACCCUACCAUUGCCUGGAGUGUGGGAAAUCUUUUGCACAAAAAGCUCAUCUGAUUAAUCAUGAGAGAGUCCACACAGGAGAGAAACCGUACAGUUGCACUGUGUGUGGGAAAUCAUUUGCUCAGCAGACAGACGUUGUCAUCCAUCACAGAAGCCACACAGGAGAGAAGCCUUAUAAGUGUGUGGAGUGUGGGAAAUCUUUUUCCAAAAAGUCCAACCUUGUGACGCAUCACAGAGUUCACACCAGAAAGCAAUCUUGCAAAUGUGUCGAAUGUGGAAAAUGUUUUGCUUUCAGCCCUGCCUUUGGGAAUCGUGACAAAAUUCAUGCAGGAGAGAAGCCCUCCAAAUGCUUGGAUUGUGCAGUUCAUGUUCAGAACUUAAUGUUGCUUCAGGUGGGCAACACAAAUGCCACCCUCUUGCCUUAUGGUACCCUCCUUUUCCUCCCUCCAAAUCCUGGUUUAUUUGUUGUAAAUAAAUAAAUAAACAAGUAGAAUAUCAAGACUACCUGAUAUUCAUCUCAAUCAGAGUGCAGGUCACACUUUCUUCGAGGAAAUACUAAGGAUAGAAUUGUUGGCCAUGUUAAUAAACAGCUGUGCACCUGAAAUAAAAUAUCCCCAAUAUGCAUGUAUUAACCUGAGCUUGUGCAUGAGCAUGAAGGUUUUAGGCACCUUUCCCCCUCAGAAGAAGGGUUUGUGACUGACCUGAGUAUUCUUCAAGCUGAGGAACUGCCCACUCUUCUUGUUGAAGUCCUUUAUUCCCUGCUCCUCGUCACUGAGUUCUGCUAGCUCUGUCUGUUUGGUUGUCUGUUAAGUGCCCUCUGAGUCCUCAAACAUUCUGCCCCAUUGAGUUACGUUGAGGCAGUUCUUUGCCCCCUUGGGGUUUUUCCUUCAGAUUUUUGUGAAACCAAUGUACCUGAAAGCUUGUAAAAAGUAAAGAACAGAGAAAAAAAGAACUUUUUGUUAAAAAUGUUUAACUUGGUUACAAAAAUGCUUCAAUACACCUUACUGGUUUUAAGGCGGCACACUUUGAAAUCUUAGUUACUUAGUUGCAAAGAACAGAUAUUUAGGAGAAUACAAAGCACACACACAAAGAAAUAUAAAUUCCUGAUGAAAAGUCUGACUAAAACUUUCCCCUAGACUAAAUUCCUGAAGCCAAAGCCCUGGCUCGCUUCUUCUUAAACUCACCAAACUCCUGAUGAAAAUCAAGCCUUCUGCAGAUCUCUCACCCUGAGAGAUUAUCCUGCAGCCUCCACCAUGAGGCAGCCAAUCACAAGCUAGUCUGCACUCUCUGCACUGACUUCCUCUUUUCUUCCCAGAAUUUCCCCUGCAGCUCUCAUGUCCCACCCACCUGGUUGACUGAUUGGUUGAGCUCUGGAGUUCACCAGCCUGUCAGUCAAGACAGGGGUUAACUUCCUAUUAACCCUAUAGAGGGAGGGAAGGCUGGUCACUACACAAGCACAAGUUUACUCAUGCUGCACACGCACGUGCAGUCCUUCGUCUUCCCUCCCAGCAUGAAUUCAUGCUCUGUUCAGAAACAGAGCAGGAUCCUUGCCUGAUUUCUGCAGUGCCAAAUACUGGCCAGUUCUUGCUUUCAGAGAAGAACCAGCCUUUUUCCUUCUUGAAAAGCAACAGUUGGCCAGCAGGUGAUGCUGCAGAAACUGCAUAAGGACCCUGCUUUGCCUCUGAAGAAAGCGUGAAUUUGUGCUGGGAAGGAAGACAAAAGCUUACAGGAAUAUGUGGAAUGUGAGUAAAUCCUCACUAGGAGCAGCUCAGCUUAUUGCUGUCUUAGUUUAUUAAUUGUACAAGGAGUAAUGAAAGCUACACAUUGCAUCUGAAUUAAAAAAUUCUGAAGAAAGUAUUCUCUCUUGAUUUUAGGGGAUGCAUGCCCAUCUUAGAAGAAGCAUGUGGUUUUUGUAAGGAUGUUUACUGAAAAACAACAGCUGACAUCCAGAGUAACGAAGCACUGGUGUUUCUGCUGAUUUCCAGUCCCAAGCGGGGAGGAUUUUCACUGAUCCCUCCUUCCCUCAGAAGCACUCUGUGCAACAUGAAAAUAUCUGUCCCUGAAGCCCCUCAUGCAGCCCUCGGGGCCAUAUUUUCACAUCUCACUGCACUUCGAGGAGAAUGGAAAGUUGGUGAAUAUUGUCAUGCCUCUGCUGCUCUAGAACAAAAGUCAGCACCACCACUGGCACUUUCCCCACAGCAGGGGCACUAUUAGAAUGUUAUCCAACUUUUUAAAAGCUGCCUAAUAUGGCAUGGGGGGGGCAUAUUCAUGCAAUCAAAACAUUUGAAUUAUGUUCUUCAUAUCAAUAAAUGUUAAUUUAUAUAAUACAUUAAAUACCAUAUUAGUUACAAAUAGUGUUCUGGAUUUUCCCUUGCUCAAAUUGCUUGGAGGCAGGAUUCCCUGUAACAGGAAUUCCCAGAGGUUGACUACAACUCCCAUCAUCCCCUGCUGCAAUGGCCAGCAUUGCUGGGGAUGAUGGAAGUUGUAGUCAACAACAUCUGGGAAUUCCUGUUCCAGAGAAUACUGUUUGGAGGAGUUUCAGCUUCUGCUGCUUAUGGGCAGGGGGCUUGUGGCUGUUUGAUGUUGGCUGGGUUGGGGACAGAGGAUUAUCUUGACCUGCAUGUAUGUAUGUACGUAUGUAUGUAACCUCCCGCCUCGGGAACGUGAUCUAUAGCAUAUCUGCAUGCUAAAUGAACCAUGCCAGCACAGCGGCUGACCACGCCAGGAACUCCUGCUGACAACACCCCUGGAGGACCCCCUGGACCUGGAGAAGACCCUCCGCCGUCAAGGACCCUCGCCCAGAGGCUGCAAUUGGCAGAAGAAGACUGGCACGGCCCUGCCGGCCACACGCAAGGUGAGGCUGGGACUCGUCCCUCCCUUGGACCUUUUGGACAUUCCUCUCACUGAACUCUUUUAACCGGACUCUACCCAAACCCGUAGGAACUUGCGUACAGUGCUAUAAUCUCUCUACCAUUGCAACCACACAUUCGUUAGUACGCGGCCGUGUUUCAUCAGGAAAUUCUAUUCCCUGUUGCUUUUGUAAACCAUAUGUUAAACAUUCUCUAAUAAAAGUCAAUUAAUUCC